ACGGCUGCUGUGUUUCAAUAACGUCACAGCGGUGCAUGUUGACUGUGUGGUCCAGGUUGUAGCGAUAGAGCCUUGGGCACACACAGCUAAGGCUUUCCUUCCGAGGAAGGUGAAGCUGCGCACGCUCAGUCGUGCGUGUGUGCGUGUGCAGUCUCAGAUUCUGAAGCGCUAUUCUGACUCCAAGGCGUCUACGUUGAUGACGUAAGAGUGGUUAUUUGUUCGGAACCAGCGUAGGAAUGGGCAUCGUGUAGAGUCAUGAGCGUGCCGCUCGGGAGGAACGGGUUAGUCGGGCUGGCUGUCGGGGCCACGGCCGGUUUGGGCUUGAUUGCCUUUUUAGUUUACAGGCAGAUCAGCAGGAGGAGGUCCCAGAGCCUUGUGCUGGAGACACGGCCAGCGGCCCGGCUAUUCAUCGGGGAGGAUGGAGGAGCGCUGCUGGGGGACACACUGGAUGCCCAGGAGAUGGAGGCCCAGCAGCAGGCUCUGGCAGCAGUGGAGGCUGUGGUUCAGGGACUUUCCCCAGAACAGCAACUGGAGCUGAGAAACCAGCUGGACCAAGUGCUAAACUGCGUGGCGUCUCUACGUUCAGAGGUAGCUGAGCUCAGGGGAGGUCUACAGGACAUUGCCUGGCAGAUCAUUCAGGAUGUCAAAAAGGGAGUGGAGGACAGCCAGCGUGUACGGCGGCGGCGUCAUGCGGUCCACAGAGAGCGUGCCGACUCGUCCAGCUCUACCUACUUCACUGCCAGCCAGGGCAUGGCCAGCACCUGUGGAGAGACCAGUGAAGGGGGGUACUCCACGGCCUAUGCCGAAUCAGACUACACUGAUCGUGACACGGACAGAGAGGAGGGUGAGCAGGAGCCUGAGCAAGAGUCUGAGGAUGAGGACAGGAGCUGUGCCACAGUCCUUACCCUCCGCCAGGAUGUCUCCCAAGAGGAAGAGCUUGAAGAGAGGGGGCUGGAAGAUGAGGAGGAGGAGGAGCUAAUGAGCGAGGUUCCCAGUGGGGAGCUGGCUCUCCUCCUGGCUCAGAGUGACAUCCUCCACACAGGAGAUGCCAGUUUAAAAGCAGAAGGCUUUCGACUACUAAUGGACAACAGAGCAGAAUAUGGAGACAGCAGGGAGUUUCUAUGGCGACUGGCUCGAGCCUACAGGGAUAUGUAUGACUCCACUGAAGACAAACAGGAGAAGAAGACCUAUGCACAGCAGGGUCGAGAUGAGGCAGAGCUGGCCCUGAAGAAGAAUGGCCUGAAUGCAGAGUGUCACAAAUGGUUUGCCAUGCUGGCUGGACUGACCUCACAGCAUGAGAGCAUGCAUAGCAAGCUGAAGAGUAGCUGCAUAUUGAAGGAGCAUCUGGACCGAGCACUGGCUCUCAGAGAUGAUGACCCCAUGUGUUUCUACCUGCUUGGCAGAUGGUGUUAUCAGGUAGCCACUCUGGACUGGUUGGAAAAGAAGGCAGCUGCUGCCCACUACCAGAGCACCCCCACCUCCACCCUGCAUGAUGCCCUUGAGAGCUUCCUCAAGGCAGAGGAGCUCAGUCCAGGUAUCUCCAAGACUGUGAGACUUUACAUCGCCAAGUGUCACAAAGAGCUGGGGAACAUCUCCGAAGCCACAAACUGGGCUGAGCUGGCUCUGAAGAUGCCUAGAAAUACUGAGAAUGAUCAAGAAACAUGUGAACUGGAGGCAGAGCUUCAGGACUUAACUGCCAGAAACAGCUGAGCUGCAGAAAAACUUUCCUUCAUUGAUGGAUGAGUGUGAUUUUUGUCUUCUGUCAACUUCUUUGCAUCACCAUGUAUUCAACCUGCUAUAUUUAACGUUCUUCAGCACCUCCCAUCUGAAUUCAACGGGCAUGCUGUGUUUGGUUUGAAAAACGACUGACUCAAGCUUGAUGACUGAAACUACUAAUCCCGGGACACGUGCAGAGCUUUAAGGGAAGGAGGAAGCUCUGGAAUAAGACCAUUUCACUCGGUUCUGUACUAUAAUGCUUGUUGUGUAAAGAUUGGGCCUUCAGGUGUGAUCAGGUGAAGCACACUGGCUUCUUUCAAACCUUAUGGACUCCCUGGUGCAACAUGUAGUUUAAAAUGGACCACUUGUUUGAAGUCUUUGUUGUAAGUGCAUGGAGCCCUGUGUGCUCAUCAGUAUGAAGUUGAAUAUUUUUGAACUGUUUAUGUUAUCACAUGUCCAUUUUGCAGUGUCUGCUGUUGGAGUGAGACAAAGACUCAGUACUCAGAGACGUUAUUAUGCACUGUGUGAAAUGCAGAUACUGUUUAAUAAAGUUCUUUUUCCAUUUA